CGCUCGCGCGCUCCUUGCCUCUGGUCAGCGUCAGCAGUAAAGUGUAGGCAUCGGCGCGAGUGUGGUGCGGCUUGUGAUACGUUUCGGCGAUAGUGGAUAACGAUUGUUGGUUAUUUUCACAGCUUUAAUUAACUUUAAUACAAAACCAACAGACACAGCAUAAGGUACCGUAACUAAAUUCUGAAAUACAAUGGUACUCUCAUUGUGUACUGAGUUGAAGUGUCAGUGACAGUGUAUAUAAACAUUGAUCUUGCUCUUUGGAUCCCAUAUUUACACGGUUACCAAGCCAUGGUUGGAAAAUUCUAUCACGUCUUCCUAAUUACAGGGUGUCUGGUAACAGGUCUGAAGGAUGUACGAGUAGUGGUGCCUAAAGCGGCUCGUAAAGGAGACUCUGUAGUACUGCGCUGCAACUACGACCUGGAGGGUGACCCUCUAUACGCCGUCAAAUGGUACAAGGGCCGGGCAGAGUUCUACCGCUACUCGCCUAAAGAGAACCCGCCCAUGAAAGUUUUCCCAAUCCCUGGACUGUCUGAACUUCACGUUGAUAAGUCCAGAUCCAACGAGACCCAGCUCUUCCUGACUUCUGUCACCACUUCAUUGACAGGCCAGUACAACUGCGAGGUCUCUGCUGAUGCUCCUUCCUUUCAUACCGCCAUUGUCGCUGCCAACAUGGACGUUGUUGAAGUCCCUUCAUUUCCACCAACGCUGACGGGGAUCAAGUCUCGGUACCGGCUUAAGGAUGUCAUGCGAGCCAACUGUACAGCCGCACCCUCCAAGCCCGCCGUCAACCUAACGUGGGGCCUUAAUGGCGAGAAUGUGAAUCCGAAACUAGUGAAGCAGUACCGCCAAGUUCCCGAGAAGCACCCUGAUCUCCAGCAGUCCAUGAGCAUCCUAGAGGUACCGCUGAGAACGCAUCACUUCAGGGCAGGAGGCAGGCUCAAGGUUCGGUGUACAGCCAGUCUCUAUGAUCUGUACUGGCAGACUACAGAAAAGAGCGUGGAACAAGAAGGUCGCUCCAGUGAACCGUCUGAUAACGAGAUAUCCACUUAUAAUGACGCCAAGUGGGAUGACGAUGAUUACGAUGAAGACUACGAUACUACUAGUAAUGUCGUCGUUGGUGCAUUUCCAACACAUACGUCCAACGAGUCAUCCUCUAGCUCCAACCCCUUCUUAAGUUCUCUAACAGUAGUGAGUUCAGCAGCCCUUCUGUCCAGCUUACCGUUUCGCUUCGCUGCGCUGUGAACUCGUCAAUCUUCCACUUAUAGCUAUAUGCUGUAGUAUUACUAUUUACUUUUAAAUACGAUCACAAAGCAAAAUGGUUGUUUAAGUGCAUUAUCAUCGAUAUAUUUUUGUGAUCAACUAAGUAGGCAGACCUAAUUUUAAUAAGUAUUAGCUAGGUUUUGUUACAAUGUAAAAAGAUAAUCUAAAUAAAUACCUGAGAAUCGAUAGGAUUUUCCUCAUAAAAAUAUAAUAUUUUGGAUACAAGUAAACAUUUUUGUAUGGACUAUUGAGCAUAAUCAUGUCUAGUAUAUCAUGAGUACAGUAUUUAUUGCCACAAUUUCAUGGAAGUGUUGUGAAUAGGGUAGAAUUCAUUUGUACAUGAAUACUUGGUCAAUAAAAACACAAAUGAAGGCAAUUAUGGCGUCAGACCAUUAAUACUAAAAUAAUUUUUUCUAACAUUUGGUAAAAAUGCAUGUAUAUCAGUUAUGAACCCAAAGGACAUAACAUAAAUGGUAAUAACUUUCCUAAAGAUUUUUUACGCCCUUUUUUUAUACCUAAUGAUUUUUAAGGUAUUAAGUAUAUGUAAAACCCAUAAAAAUAAAUUUGGAUUAUUUCAGCUAUCAUAAAAUAUACCUACCUGUUCCGAUUGAGCCGGAAAGUCUGUUAUAACUAUUAACAUUUGAACCAAACUAGUCUUCCUAUGUUUACUACAUACAUAUCUCAUAUAAAAAACUGUUUAAGUUAAACAUAGUUACACAUUUUUAGUAAUGUUUUAACAAUAGUGUUAGAGUUACUCUUAUCCAAUAUAUUAUCCUCAGCUUUUAAUUUAAAACAACUAAUAUAAUAUUAAAUUAGUUUCCAACUAUGAUUUUAAUAUACAGUAAGUUUGGCGUGUGUUGAAUGUAUAUAUGUACAAGCGUUAAAAUAGCUUAAGGCAAAGUUGUAUUUUGUAAUCUACUUAAACACUAAAUGUGAUACCGAUGCUUUGCCGCAUCAUGUGAACAGUUUAUUUACAUGAAACAGAUUAUAAAAAGACAAAAUAUUGAUUUCAGCCUUUAGAACAUGAGUGUUUAGAUUAAAUUUGUAAAAUGUAAAUAAACGAGAAAUGCUACCUGUUUA